AUGAAGAUACUGAGGGCCUGGUUCCUGUGCCUGCUGCUUUUGGGCCUUACGCUGCAGGGGACUGCGAGUCGAGCCCAACAGCGCUCUAUGGAGAUCCGCACUCCUGACAUCAAUCCUGCCUGGUACACCGGCCGCGGGAUCAGGCCUGUGGGCCGCUUCGGUCGGAGGAGAGCAGCCCUGGGGGACGUCCCCAAGUCUGGCCUGAGACCCCAGUUCGCCUGCUUCCCCCUGGAAGGUGGCGCUAAGUCCUCCCAGGAUGGGUGACAGCCAGCUCCUCCAGAAACUCACUCCGGAGCCUCCCCUACCCCUUCCUUCCAU